AUGAACUGCAUAUGUGGCCUAUUAGAGGGAUCCAACGAUGUUCCGAAGGAGGAGAGGAAGCUUUGCCUCACUGGAUACAUGACAGACAUUCAGUCGUGGGUCACGUGGGACGGCAGAUUGACAGUUGGUUUGAAAGAAGGAGUGGCGGAUCUAUCAAGCAGGAAAGAUGCUACACCAGCGCUGAAAAACUUGAUAAGUUCUCAGUCUCGGCACAAUGGCGUCAUCAAAUAUCUGAGCAUGGCCAAAUGUGGAAUCCGACAAGUACCAACGAUAAUUUUCUUGAGUGACAGUGCGUUUAUGAAUCCAGCGGAAACAGUCGAAUACUUAACAUUCUACGGUAACAACUUUGGCCAAUUCCUAGUCACGUCGGAGAGAUACGACUCCAUUUUGAAUGCGACAAGCGCGAAAGAAGUAUUUCUGGACCCCAUGAACGUUCAGAGAAGAUCCACGUGGUCAGCAGGACUACAUAGCGCUUACUUUCCUAAGCUCAAAGAAUUAGAUUUACGAGCCUGUAACAUUGAAGUACUUGAUGCAUUUAUUUUCCAAGGGAUGCCAUAUCUAACAGCAUUGUACCUGGGUGAGAACUCAAUUAGCUUUGUAGACGCUCACGCGUUCGUUGGUCUCAACAGUCUUCGACAUUUGGACAUAAGCAGGAACAGAGAAGAUGAUCCGAAGAGGAUUCUGUUCUUCGAAUCGGCGGACACGCUCCAGCGUCUCAAUUUACAAUCCUUGGAUUUAUCGUUCACAGCGGUUGAUACCCGUGCUUUAGGGAACUUCGGAACAAAAUUGGAAAGACUCUCCGUGUGCUACACGGGACUUUUUCCGUUGAAACCAAACAUUUUCGCCAACACGUCGAUGAAAUACUUAGACCUGUCCGGUAAUGCCGAGAUUUUGCACGAGGAAGGCGUGCUUAGGGGUCUGGAAAACUCACUGAGGGUUCUUUACGUCAAUUCAAUUGCAUUGAAGUCGCUGGAUUUCAUUAAAGGCUUCACAAAAUUGGAGGUACUUAAAGCAUCACAGAACAAAAUAACAGCGAUAUCGCUAGAUGUGAUGAGAACAUUGAGAAGUUUACAAAUUUUAGAUUUGGACGGCAACAGAAUAUCGGCGUGGUUCAGCAAGAUUAUAUCUACAAUGCCCAAAAUGAAAUUGCUAAUCCUGGUGAACAAUAACAUUAACCUAAUAACUGACAGUGUGAUCGCUGAUAUCGCUAACCUCAAAUACGUAGCCUUGUCCAAAAAUUUGAUGGUAUGUUAUUGUUACGUCAGGGACAUGUAUGAAAUUGCAUUCCAGAAUGAAUUCAGGCUCAAAGACACGAAUAUAACAAGCAGCUCGAUAGAAGACAAUGCCCUCAUGUUCCACACUGGAUUCUCUGAUUAUAACGAAAUUAUAACUAAGAGAAGAAACGUGACAGAAUCGUGUUUUCAGAUACACAACUCGACUGACGUAUCCAAUUGUUUUGUGGGUGAUUUCAGUACAAAUUUGACCGGUAACUUCUUGUAUUUGGACUACGAUGAGGGAAAUUACAAUUGUUUCUCAAUGGCGCAUGCUGGAAGCAUUUCGUAUGGCGAAGUACUCCCGUGCGGUCAGGACUUACGAGAUAUGAGGCCGGAGUUGAUAUUGAAUGAGAGCCGAAAGAGUUUUCUAUUAUUGUGUAUACCGCUAGUGCUGUUACCAAUUUUGGCUUUCAUCUAUGCGUUUAGGAGGAACUUCAGAUAUUUCCUGAUAACCAUGAGGAAUUCUGCCAUGUUGAGCUUGAUAAACGAGAAGAAUGUAGUGGACGAGACCAAAAUCUUCAAUUACGAUGUGUUUGUGUCAUACUGCAACGAGGAUAGAACGUGGGUGUUGGACCAACUCUUGCCGCAUGUGGAGAAGGACUGCCGUAUUAGUGUUUGUUUGCACGAGAGGGACUUUCAGGUGGGGCUAUCGAUACUAGAAAACAUAGUGUCUUGCAUGGACCGCUCUCGCUUCAUCAUGCUCAUCAUAUCGCGGCGCUUCCUCUUGAGCCAGUGGUGUCAGUUCGAAAUGCACCUCGCGCAACACAGGCUCUUAGAGACGAGAAGGGAAGACCUCAUCCUCGUGCUUCUAGAAGAGAUCCCGCGGAGCCUCAGACCGAACACGCUGCACUAUCUGAUGCUGACCAAGACCUACAUCGUGUGGCCGAGAGACGGGACGGAGGAGAGGGAGUUCUGGAGGAGACUGAAGAAGUCGCUGGUCACGCAGAAGCUGAAGAGCGCGGAAAAUGAUUCCUUGGCGUGAUGAUAUGUUAUUACGUAUUCUUUGGUAUUAUGUCACGCUU